CGUGAGCACAAAUGGUUUGAACGUCUGAAAGAAGUAGCUUACGACCUACGACGCGAGAAAGACGCGAGGCGUUGCGUUAUUGCUUGGCAUUUGUUUUGUUGGAGAAAACGAAAGUAAUCAAGGCAACUGUAAACGUGUUUUGCAACGCAUAUUUUACACCACAAUCGCGUGAAAAUGGUCCUGAAAAACUUGCUGCCUUUUGCUUCAGGACUGUGGACAGAAACGGGUGCUCUGUUGUUGUUUUUCUUCCUGUUUCUUUUGAUCGCAGACCGUCUGAGGAACACAAAAGCUAGAAACUAUCCACCUGGACCGACACCUCUCCCCUUUAUCGGGAAUUUAUUUAAUCUGGAUGCCAAACAACCUCACAUUCACUUGACGAAGUUGUCAGAUCAUUAUGGUAAUAUUUUCAGCCUGCGUCUGGGAAGUCUGAACACUGUUGUUGUGAAUAAAUACAGGAUGGUAAAGGAAGCUCUUAUGGAUCAAGCAAACAUUUUCACAGGCCGUCCAACUAAUGAUGUGCUUAAAAGAAUAAUGAAGUGCCAAGGUGUAACCUUUAAUAAUGGCUACAGCUGGAAGCAACAGAGGCGUUUCACUCAAAGUACUCUCAAAUAUUUUGGUGUGGGAAAGAAGAGCUUGGAAUCCAGCAUCAUGGAAGAGUACGAAUUCCUGCACCAGGCAAUUAUGGAUACCAAUGGGGUGCCAUUCGACCCCCAUUAUUUUAUUAAUAAUGCUGUCUCCAACAUCAUCUGCUGCAUGGUGUUUGGAAGGAGGUUUGAGUACACGGACCAGAGGUUUCUAAACAUGCUAGGUCUGUUGUCUAAAGCCCUAAAACUACAAGCAUCAGUGUGGAUACAGCUUUAUGGGGCUUUUCCUGCUAUAAUGGAUCUUCUGCCAGGACCUCAUAAGGACCUUUUCUCCUGCUUCGAACAAGUUCGUGAUUUUAUUAAAGAAGAGGUUGAUAAACAUUAUGAAGACUGGGACAGUUCAUCACCCAGAGAUUUUAUAGAUUGCUAUCUUACUGAGAUGCAGAAGAGAAAAGACGAUCUGGAAGCAGGAUUUCAUGAAGAGGGUCUGCAUUACAGCGUUCUUGAUUUGUUUGUGGCAGGAACCGAGACCACAUCAACCACACUUUUGUGGGCUUUUGUGUAUAUGAUGAAAUACCCAGAAAUCCAAGAAAAGGUUCAAGCAGAAAUAGACAAAGUAGUUGGACGAUCCCGCCGACCCAGGAUAGAUGACAGAGCCAACAUGCCAUACACUGAUGCUGUCAUUCAUGAGGUCCAGAGAAAAGGCAAUGUUGUGCCACUCAGUGUGCCAAGAAUGACCAAUGAGAAUACAGUAUUAGGGGGAUAUUUCAUUCCAAAGGGUACACAAAUCAUACCAAACCUGACAUCAGUACUUUCUGAGGAGACAAUGUGGAAGUCACCAAAUUUAUUUGACCCCCAUAAUUUUCUCAACACUGAAGGAAGGUUUGAAAAACCUGAGGCUUUUAUUCCUUUCUCAGCAGGAAAACGCUCAUGCCCAGGAGAAACGCUUGCACGUACGGAGCUGUUUCUCUUCUUCACGUCCCUUUUACAAUCUUUCAGUCUCUCUCCUGCAGUGGGAACUCAAAUAAGCCUAGACUUUAAAUUUGGAAUGACACUUUCCCCAAAGCCAUUCAAAAUAAGUUUCAUUCCCCGUUAGUAGGACUACACAAAUUUUGUUGCACUGCACGUAUUGUAUUUUAAAAAACUGAUGUUGUACUGAUUUAUGUCCAAGUAAAAUUGUCUCUGUAACAAACAAAUGUUACCUUCAGGGAGCAGGUGAAAAUGUCAUGCAUUCCUUUUCUCAUCUAACAUUCCAGGCAUGAUGGACAUGGCUACAGGCUAUGGAGGAUGAAGGAUGACUUGAGUGUAAAUAUAUAAAUAAAUGAAUACAUAAAUGCAAAAAUAAGUAAUGAAUUAAACAAAGAACUAAAUCAAUAAAUGCAAAAAUACAGAAAGUAUUAAUUAUAAUUAAACCCAGAAAUAAAUAAAUAUAUAAACACAGAUAUAACUAAAAAAUAUUUUUGUCAAAAGUAUCAGCUUUUAAUUUUAUCAUUUUUGCACCGUUUGUGUUAUACUACAUUUAUUUAUGCAGUUCUGCAUUUAUUUAUUUGUGUAUUUCUGUGUCCGUAUGUUAAUAAGGGCAGUCCCAACCUCUCUCGAUUCAGGAUUGUUUAAAUAGGAAUGUUGUGGGUGUGGCUCCACUACUGCGGCUACAGUCCUUACCAGUGCCAGCUGGUGACUUCUCUUCCAGUUUGUAAGGCUUAGAUGAGAGGGUGUAGUAAAGAACUGCACAUGGAGUAACUGAUUUUGUGUGCGAGAUAAAAUAUGAUUUUUUUAUUUUAAGUGAAAUGAUAAAGGGGUAAGAAAAAAGCAAAACUGAAUAAAUAGAUGUAAAUAAAGUUACAUAUGAUUAAUCUGUGUUACUUUGUGUUUACCAAUAAACAAUACUGCAAAAAUUA